AUGAUUUCAACAAUCGGCACAACAGCAAUUCAAGCCGCGAACGGCAGGACUCUGUCCACAACAGCACCAAACUCGUUAGUUAUGAAUCCUACGUCAAUGUUAGUAGAAAUGAAAAACUUCAUUCCUUCUUCAUAUACUUUCGAAACAAAAAUCCAGAAGAUAAAGCAAGAACUGUUAACAAGUAAUUUAGACUGUACCGCACAGGAUGAAGAAAAUGAAGAAUAUCUUUAUGACAUGCAGGACCUCAUCGACCAUUUAUCUAAACUACCUGAAAUUCAGCAACAAAAACUAACCAUUCCCGAAUUUGACGAAAUUGAAGUCAAAGCAACUGACUCGGUAGAAAUAAAGAAGUUCAUACGAAAGGUAAACUAUGAGUUUCUAGGAUAUCAUUGCAACCAUAAAGUUAUGGACAAAGAUUGCGACAUGGUUUAUAAAAAUAUUUCUGACCUUUACAAAUCCGAAGAAUUUAAGACAUACGAUAACUUUGUUUCAUUAGUUGCAAAAUGUGUAUGGCAGAUAAGAGAUAAAGAUAGAAGAGGUAAGGUAUGGAAUGAACAGAUAAAACCAGCAGCUUUUGAGUUAAAGAAAACCAUUGACGCCUUAGUUGUUCUAGCUG